AUGUGUGUGCGUGUCUGUUUUAUUUUGCAAUAUUCAUCUGUAAAUUUUUCUUUACAAAUUGUUUUGUUCAACCUAACACGAUGGUAUUCUUUUGAAUUGUCUCCAUUCAUUUUUUUUUUUUUCCUCUUUUUAUAUGUUCAACAACUUAUUCUUUCUUUGGCUUCCACUAAACAUUUUUUCCACUCUCCCCCAUCAAUCUUGUCUCCAUUUUUGUAUUAUUCCUUGACAUGUCUUGGACUCUUUCAUGCUGCAAAGAACUAUGAACAGGUGGCGCUACUUUGUAAGGAAACCAAACAUUUUGAACAAGCGGCUGAGUUAAUGGAGAAAUCAGCUUCUAUGUUUGUCGAACAUGGAACACCAGAUUCUGCACGUCUUGUCUUGGAGAAAGGAGGCAAAAUGGUUGAAAAAGAACUACCUUUGAAAGCAGUGCAUCUAUAUAAAAAAGCAAGUGCCAUUGCAGACAAUGAAGAUCGACCCAACAAUGCUGCUGAGAAUAUUGGCAAAUGUGCUCGAAUACUAAUUAAUGAACGCAAGCUGGACCAAGCAAUGGAAUGUCUGAAGAAGGAGAUAGCAUUCCACGAAAGAAGCCAGAGUUAUCCGAUGAUUGGGAAAUCAGUCACUGGCAUUAUACUUGUUUAUUUGCACAAUGAUGACUUUGCUGCAGCAUAUGCAUUCUAUGAAAAAAGUUUCAAGUAA